AAAGAAUGAACUUCAAUCCAAUGGUCUCAAGAUAAUGGUUGUUGUUGAGUAGGCUACAUUUGGUUACAGUAACAGAUCGCGCGCCACCCGUUUUCAAACUAUUUUGUCGGUACAGUUGAUGAUACAGUUGCAAGAGCAAGAUACUUUCUGUUUGCAUCAUUACUAUACUGGAAGAUGUCUACAGUGAAACUCUCAGAGGGUACAAUGACUGUGGACAUUUGCGGUGGGACUCCGCUGUUCUACCGACAGGGUGAACCAGGAACGGGAGAGCCUCGCCUCUCUGUGCUCCUGUUGCAUGGUAUCCGCUUCUCCUCCGAGAACUGGCUCAAUAUCGGCACCCUUGAGACAUUGGCAAAGGCUGGCUGUCGAGCUGUGGCUAUUGAUCUGCCAGGCCUAGGGCAAUCGAAAGCUGCAGUGGCCCCAGCAACUGUUGGAGAGGUGGCCCCAGGAUCCUUCUUGAAGCAGGUGUGUGAGGGUCUUGGUCUGGGCCCAGUGGUGGUGGUGAGCCCCUCCCUCAGUGGCAUGUACUCCCUGCCUUUCCUCUUCCAGCAUGCCCCCCUGCUCAGGGCCUAUGUGCCCAUUGCACCUAUCUGCACUGACAAGUUCAAUGCCCAGGAGUAUGCCAGUGUCCAGACACCCACUCUAAUUGUGUAUGGAGACCAAGACACUCAGCUUGGGGAAUUGUCGAUGAGCAACCUCAGACACUUGCCCAAUCACAAAGUUGUAGUGAUGAAAGGAGCUGGGCAUCCCUGUUACCUUGACGACCCAGAGACAUGGCACAAGGCUCUGCUGGACUUCCUGCAGACAUUAUGAAAGAGUAACUCAAACAGAAACAGUCAGGAUGAACAGAAAACCCUAAUCAGGUAACAUGGAUGAAUCUACACACAGAAAGUGGUCUUCAUUUUGAUUAAUUUACUGUACAAUAGAAUUGGAAAGUGUAUCUAAUUAACACUAUCAUAUGACUAAAUUGCCAAAUACCCAACUUCAGGAAUUCCAUUAGGCAAAAUAGUAUUGGAAAGUGUACUGUAUCUGAUUAACGCUCUUAUGACUAACUGACCAAAUAACGUCAGAAAAUCACAUAUUUUUUAGAUUCCGUACUGCAUGCCCGUAAAAUUGUGUGUGUGUGUAUAUAUAUAUAUAUAUAUAUAUAUUUGUUUAAGUUGUCAAAGUGAAAUCAAAUACUAUACAACAUACUUUUAGACUUUAGCUGUAUGUUUGGAUAUGUUGAGUGUUGUAUUUCUAUGUAAUUACCAGUGUAAUCAUUGCUUCUGUUGUGAUAAGACGUAAACACUAAGAAGUUAUACUUUACAUGCCACACGAUACUAAAGAGCAAUGCUCGCACUUUGCAGACUAGACUAUGAAUCCACUGCCAUUUAAAAAGAGCUUCAUGUUAUGGAGGUCUUUAAGUGUGGUUUGUAUAUUCUCAACAUGUCCUGUGCAUACAUUAAAUGACUCAUAGGAUGUUUGAAAAAGGACACUGCACACUGAGCUGAAGUGAAAAAUAUGAACAUUAUUUAAUAACUGAUUCUCUGUAAUAAACAAUUUGAAAAUA